ACAAAAUCAAGAAUUCUUGAAUAUGUGAAACAAAACUUCGUUUAUAUUGGGCCUUACCGAGAAAGAAUUUAGUGCUCGCUGUAGAACAAAACUUGUUUUAAAUAUCAAUACAACCAUGCCUGAACUAGAUACUCAAAUUAUUGUCACAGGUGCUUCUCGUGGAAUAGGUAAAAAUGUCGCAGUGGAACUAUCCGGCGUCUCUCAUUACGGUUCAAAACAUUUUUUGAUAAGCAGCACUAAGCUAGCUGAUCUUGAAGAAACCAAGGAAUGCAUAAUCAAGAAUAAAAAUCCCAACUUACCAGAGCCUGUUGUUGACGUUUUUCCUAUGGAUUUUAGUGACAUAGAAAAUCUAGACAAAAAUAUUCAGCAGUUUCUCAAACCAAGCAAAACCUAUUCUCGUAUUAUCUUAAUUAAUAAUCACGGCAAUGCUGAUCCAAUAGGUCUUAUUCACAACUUCAAAUUUGGUACAAAAGAAAUUAAGCGCGCUCUUGACUUGAACGUUUUGAGUUUUAUUGCACUUACUUCAGCGGUAUUAAAAAAUUCUUUAAACCGUGCAGAAGAGGUAUAUGUUGUCAAUAUCUCUUCUUUGGGAGCUAUAAAGCCCAUACCUGGAUGGGGUGUUUACUGUGCUGGUAAAGCCGCUAGAGAUAUGUUUAUUCAAGUAUUGGCAGCGGAAGUGGAAAUGCUUAAAAAAGAAUCUCCUGGAAUUAAAGUUAAAGCAAUAAACUAUGCGCCGGGCGUCGUCGAUACAGAUGCAUAUAGAGAUGCCUACCAAAAAACUAAUGAAUUGGUUAAUACUGAAUUGAAAUUCGGAAAGCCGUUGACUGCAAGUUAUACCAGUAAGGUGUUAGUCGACCUUCUGAUUCGGAAUGAAUGGGAAUCUGGGUCUCAUAUUGAUAUUGGUGACAUCGUCAAUAUCUCACAAUAGCCGAAAGAUUAUGAACUCCAUUUUAUGCAAUCUGAUCGCUUCAGUAUAAGAUCUAAUUGUUUUGUUAAUGCAAAAAAACUUUUGCUUCUGUGCAAUAGGCAGAAGAUGUUUAU